AUGAUCGCCUCGACCUACAACUCUCAACAACACGACAUCUUCCGAAUCCCCACCCACGACCUCGUCUCGACCCUACCACAUCAGCUACCCCAACCCACCACCUCGUCUCGACCCUACCACAUCAGCUACCCCAACCCACCACCUUGUCUCGACCCUCCCACAUCAGCUACUUCCACCCACCACCUUGUCGCGACCCUACCACAUCAGCUACCCCAACCCACCACCUUGUCUCGACCCUCCCACAUCAGCUACUUCCACCCACCACCUUGUCUCGACCCUACCACAUCAGCUACCCCAACCCACCACCUUGUCUCGACCCUACCACAUCAGCUACUACCACCCACCACCUUGUCUCGACCCUACCACAUCAGCUACUUCCACCCACCACCUCGUCUCGACCCUACCACAUCAGCUACCCCCACCCACCACCUUGUCUCGACCCUACCACAUCAGCUACCUCAACCCACCACCUCGUCUCGACCCUACCACAUCAGCUACUUCCACCCACCACCUUGUCUCGACCCUACCACACCAGCUACCCCCACCCACCACCUUGUCUCGACCCUACCACAUCAGCUACCCCCUCCCACCACCUUGUCUCGACCCUACCACAUCAACUACUUCCACCCACCACCUUGUCUUGACCCUACCACAUCAGCUACCCCCUCCCACCACCUUGUCUCGACCCUACCACAUCAGCUACUUCCACCCACCACCUUGUCUCGACCCUACCACAUCAGCUACUUCCACCCACCACCUUGUCUCGACCCUACCACAUCAGCUACUUCCACCCACCACCUUGUCUCGACCCUACCACAUCAACUACUUCCACCCACCACCUUGUCUCGACCCUACCACAUCAACUACUUCCACCCACCACCUUGUCUCCACCCUACCACAUCAGCUACCCCCACCCACCACCUCGUCUCGACCCUACCACAUCAGCUACUUCCACCCACCACCUCGUCUCGACCCUACCACAUCAACUACUUCCACCCACCACCUCGUCUCGACCCUACCACAUCAGCUACCCCCAUCCACGAAGCAAGACAUUCAGGGUAUUGA